CCAAUUAAUUCGAGAUGUCUUACUCACAAUCAUCCGCCAGCGUUCCUGAGAGUGGAUUCACUUAAGGCCAUGAGUGUCUUAGUGACUUGUAAAUCUCUACAGUCACGGUUAUGUUAAAAUAGUAUCAGUCCAGUCCUGGCACCUGCCGGAAGAAUAUUACUUUACGUUCUCUUAACCUCCAGAAUCUUACUCUACCUACACUCUUUAUCGUGGUUGCAGUUCUGUUUUUACUGUCGGUUUGAUUUACAUCUAGGCAGCUAACUCGAGGACAAUGCCAUUCAUUCCCAACACACCCGAGUCUUUGAUAGGCCGUACCGACUCCAAAAACCCGGCAACAACAUGUCGAGGUAUCACUUCAGGAGGCCGACCCUGUCGCCGCGACUUGAAUUCCUCUCCGGGGUCUUCACCAGCAGCCCCUCGAAUCACUAAACCUACUAAACUACUUGUUGACGACCCAAGUAACCCUGAUCUUUACUGCUGGCAGCAUAAAGAUCAAGCAAGCUUGUCCGCCAAAUCUAGUCCGGGACCAAAGACAACUCCGAUCCUCGAAACCCGUGAGAGUUUAGAUACCCUCAUCGAUCGACUGGGUAUAGUCGAGGCGGAAAGACAUGGGCGAAAGAACCAUCACUCUGAUAGGCCUUCGAGACCCGAUGACGGCCGGCAUAAUGAGAAGAUCUCACACUCGAACAACACAAAUACCGAAAGACCGCAUAGACGUAGACCGAAGGAGAAGAAAAGAAAUUUCUGUUAUUGUUUCACCAUUACCGAGUACGAAGACGAAGAGGAGGAACGUCCGGUGCGACCCCAACCUAGGCCGGUACAGAGCGCGCCCGCGAAACCUGCCUAUUCCAGCCCACCGGACCAGCACAUGACCAUCCCUCCUGCUGUGCAUGGACGACCCAGUGCUGACUCAAAGCGCCCCUCGGAAUCUCGCCAGACUUCGCAGACGUCGCAAUACUUAUCUUUGAUUCCAGCAACGGCCUCACCGCAGACAGCUUCGCAGCUUAUGGCCGAGCUAGCAAAGCCUAUUUCACAAACAGACGAAGCCGGCUAUAUCUAUAUCUUCUGGUUAACGCCCGAGUCGGCACCGGCAGCCCCUCCGGCCGAGACAGCAGAGUCUCUUCUAGCGCCGCCACGUCCGGGUGGUCGCCAAAGACGAACUAGCGAUGUCUUGGAGACUUUUGCCGUCAAGGAGAACAAGACCGGGUCGUCGUCCAAGAAGGUGCUCUUGAAGAUUGGUCGGGCAUCCAAUGUGCAGCGACGUCUCAACGAAUGGACACGCCAAUGCGGUUAUAAUCUGUCGCUUAUCCGCUACUACCCCCACAUCUCAUCUAGUCAGCCGUCGACGCCUCGGAAGAUGCCGCAUAGCCAUAAGGUCGAGCGCUUGAUACACCUCGAACUUGCCGGUGCCGGAUUACGAGUCAGCGACAAGGCCAACUGCGAUGUCUGUGGAAAGGCGCACAGGGAAUGGUUCGAGAUCGAUGCUAGCAAGAAAGGAAUCGCUAUGGUCGACGAAACUGUUAAACGUUGGUCGGAUUGGGACGAAGCUAAAGGAUAGACGCUGUUUUCAUAAGAGCAUAUGAUAUCACGAUGUCACGAUAUUAGAGGAACACGUGGAGGAGCGUUCCUGGCAUGGCGUUUCAUUAGAAUGGGUAUACGGACCGGACGGGAUGCAUAAGAGGCGUUAGAGGGGAUUCUGAUUUAAGUUGUAGGGGCGUAACCAAUAUUGCCUUAUUCUCGGCAGUUCUCGCGUGGUCGGGUACACUGUGUACGACGGCCACCCCUUACACCUUGGGGUCGUCGUUGUAUCUGGUGGCGUGGUUGUUCCGUUUCUAGUACGAUGAGCAGCAAUUGGUGUGUCCCACGCAGCUACGGAUAACACGACAUAUCCGAUGGUUUGGAUUAGGUUACAGCUGUCAAAUUGCUUUUUAAUGGAAAUAUCCGCAAGACAACCAAUGACAACUCCGAGCCCGGUGAUACAUUGGCGCAUCGAAACCAAACUACUGCAACCCUAGAGGGCGAUGCCGUCGUAUUCGAGUCUUCUCACAUCCCAUAGAAUGAUGCAUAAAUAUUAAUUGCUUGCCACUUUUAGUGGCUGUCGAAUCGAG